GAUUAUUGUUCACUUUCUCUGGGCAUAAAUGCAUUUUCAGCCCUGUAGAUUUCACAAUGACGACCAUGGCUCUGGGAAGUAAAUCAUCUCUUGGCUUCACUGUCCUUAGCUGUACUGUUCAAGAAGAGGACAACUCCAGGAAGGAAUCCUGCACUUGGCUCUGGGAUGAUAUGACAAUAGACAGAAGACCAGAAGAGAGAACAACAUUAAUUGAAUAUAACUCAGUGCUCAAGGAAGGCUAUAAGAAGAGAGAGCAAAGCACUUUCCUGGUGCAGAGGUCUCCCCUGCAGACUAUCAGAGCAGGCAGACUUGGAGGUGAAAUGAGAGAUUACCAGCUGCCUUACAGCACUGUACUUCCAGUUCCUCUGUUUAUGCCAAGCAGAAGUCAAGCUCAGGAGACGCUGUCUGUGCGGGAACUUCCAUCUGCCGAGAUCAAGUCCAAGUCCCAAAUGACUCAGUCAAACGGCCUAUGCCCUGAAAAAAGAGAAGUUUCAGAACUCCUCAGUAAUUUGCCUCAGAUUACACAACCGACUAAACUUCAGAUGAGAGUUUCAAGUUUAAUUUCUCCUCCUCCAAAAUUAUAUGAUACUCCAGGACAUUAAUGUGUUAUCAAAGAGAUGAUUUCCUGUAUUUACUAAGCAGUGACCCUGCACAGGAUACUAGCACUGUAGGUUCUCACAACCAUUUUAAAAUGUUUUAGGUUAUACAGUGUGAAGAUAAUUUGGAAUACUUUACUGUAGUUAAAUCUUUACUUACAUUUGAUUUUAAAAUUUCAAUUAGUGUUCAUAAUUAUCUGUAUCUUUUGUUCCUUUUUCUUUACAAAAGUGAAAUUUUAAUCCUAUUAAAGGGACAUGAAACACAAUUUUUUCUUUUAUGAUUCAGACAGAGCAAGAGAUUUUAAACAAUGUUCCUAUUUACUUCUAUGAUCUAAUUUGCUUCAUUUUCUUGGUAUUAUUAGUUGAAAAGCAUACCUAAGUAGGCUCAGGAGCAGCAAUGCAUUACUGGGAGCUAGCUGCAGAUUGGUGGCUGCAGACAAAUGCCUCUUGUAGUUGGCUCGCCAGAUGUGUUCAGCUAGUUCCUAGUAGUGCAUUUCUGCUCCUUCAACCAAGGAUGCCAACAAAUUAAGCAAAUUUGAUAAUAGAAGAAAUUUGUAAAGUUGUUUAAAGUCACAUGCUCAACUGAAUCAUGAAAGAAAAAAUUGGGGUUUCCUGUCCCUUUAAAGGGACAGUCUACACCAGAAUUUUUUAUUGUUUUAAAAGAUAGAUAAUCCCUUUAUUACCCAUUCCCCAGUUUUGCAUAACCAACACAGUUAUAUUUAUAUACUUUUAACCUCUGUGAUUAUAUUGUAUCUAAGCCUCUGCAAACUGCCCCUUUUUUCAGUUCUUUUGACAGACUUGCAGUUUAGCCAAUCAGUGCCUGCUCCCAGAUAACUUCACGUGCACGAGCACAGUGUUAUCUAUAUGAAACACAUGAAUUAACAUCCUCUAGUGGUGAAAAACUGUUAAAAUGCAUUAUGAAAAGAGGUGGCCUUCAAGGUCUAAGAAAUUAGCAUACGAACCUCCUAGGUUAAGCUUUUAACUAAGAAUACCAAGAGAAAAAAAGCAAAAAUAGUGACAAAAGUAGAUUGGAAAAUUGUUUAAAGGGACAGUCUACACCAGAAUUUUUAUUGUUUUAAAAGAUAGAUAAUCCCUUUAUUACCCAUUCCCCAGUUUUUCAUAACCAACACAGUUAUAAUAAUACACUUUUAACCUCUGUGAUUAUCUUGUAUCUAAGCCUCUGCAAACUGCCCCUUUUUUCAGUUCUUUUGACAGACUUGCAGUCUAGCCAAUCAGUGCCUGCUCCCAGAUAACUUCACGUGCACGAGCACAGUGUUAUCUAUAUGAAAUACGUGAACUAACACCCUCUAGUGGUGAAAAACUGUUAAAAUCAAAUCUGAAAGAGGUGGGCUUCAAGGUCUAAGAAAUUAGCAUAUGAACCUCCUAGGUUAAGCUUUCAACUAAGAAUACCAAGAGAACAAAGCAAAAUUGGUGAUAAAAGUAAAUUGGAAAAUUGUUUAAAAUUACAUGCUCUAUCUGAAUCAUGAAAGUUUAUUUCGGCCUAGACUGUCCCUUUAAAAUUACAUGCCCUAUCUGAAUCAUGAAAGUUUAUUUUGGCCUAGACUGUCCCUUUAACUAAUAUGUUUACUAUGUUUUUUUCUGUAUACAUCUUCAAGGUGCUUGGCACUUUUAUUGUAAAGUUAUAUUUCCCCUCAUCCUUUUGCCUUCUGACAUUUAGCAUGAACUCUUACUCUACUGCAUCUUUUUUUAGAUAUAUCUUUUCUCUGUGACAUACAGUAUAUUCCAUUGUUUACCUUACUACACUUGGUUAUAUCAUAUAACACGUGUAUUAGGUUCUGUAAUACCUGGAGUUUUGCUCUUUCACAAUAUAUUCUAUAAAUGCUACAUACAGAACUUUAUUUCUGGUGGAAGCAAAACUAAAUAGCCAUACAGUCAAUCUAUUCACUAUUAAUUUACUAGCUGAUUUUGAUUGCCCUUAGUGAAUUUACAUCAGCUUUUUUUAUUCUUUCCUUCAUUUUCCUACAUUUUCUUUUCAUUGCCAGCUUCCUCUUGCUUUUCUCAUCUUUACUUUGCUCUCUUCCUCAUUGGUCUUAAAGGGACAGUCUACACCAGAAUUUGUAUUGUUUUAAAAGAUAGAUAAUCCCUUUAUUACCCAUUCCCCAGUUUUGCAUAACCAACACAGUUAUAUUAAUAUAUUUUUAACCUCUGUGAUUAUCUUGUAUCUAAGCCUCUGCAAACUGCCCCUUUAUUAUAGUUCUUAUGACAGACUUGCAAUUUAGCCAAUCAGUGCCUGCUCCCAGAUAACUUCACGUGCACGAGCACAGUGUUAUCUAUAUGAAAUACAUGAACUAACACCCUCUAGUUGUGAAAAACUGUUAAAAUGCAUUCUGAAAAGAGGUGGCCUUCAAGGUCUAAGAAAUUACCAUAUGAACCUCCUAGGUUAAGCUUUCAACUAAGUAUACCAAGAGAACAAAGCAAAAUUGGUGAUAAAAGUAAAUUGGAAAUUUUUUUAAAAUUACAUGCUCUAUCUGAAUCAUGAAAGUUUAUUUUGGCCUAGACUGUCCCUUUAAUUUCCCAUUCCUCAUCUGUCUUUUUUUCUACAUCCUCAUUCAUGUUUAGUAAAUACAGCAGGUUUGCAUAAUCAACAAAUGCAUGAUAAAAAGACAAUGCAAUCAAAUAA